AUGUUUGGUGGUUUUCAAAAAGACUUUGUCCUCGUUUGGGAGGAAGACCUGAGGCUGGGUCGGCAGCAGGACAGCGCCACCCGGGACAAGACAGACACACACGCGGCCUGGAGGGAGACCUUUCUGGAUAACCUCUGUGCAACUGGGCUGCAUGUGGACCAGCGCGACGUCCCGGACGAGGAGGGCGCCGUGCAUCACACCCUCCUCAGCGCCCCCUGGGCUGUGCUCUGCUGCUACGCGGAGGACCUGCGCCUAAAGCUGCCCCUGCAGGAGCUGCCCAACCAGGCCUCCAACUGGUCGGCGGACCUGCUGGCGUGGCUGGGUAUCCCCAACAUCCUGCAGGAGGACGUGCCUGAUGUGCGCCCCGAGUAUUAGUCCUGCCAGUCCAAAGUGAGCAAGCCGUCCAGCUUCCUCGGGAGUGACAACCAGGACACCUUCUUCCCCAGCACCAAGAGGCACCAAAUUCUGUUUGCCAUCCUGGCCAAGACCCCAUAUGGCCACGAGAAGAAGGGCCUGUUCGGGAUCGACCAGCUGUUGGCGGAGAGCGUCUUCAGCGCGGCCUUCCCCCUGCACGACGGCCCAUUUAGGACGCCCCCAGAGGGCCCACAGGCCGUGGGCCUCACCCCGAGGCAGGUCCUAUUCCAGCCAGGCUGGUGCACGUGAAGCAAGUACCAGCCUCUGGACCACGUGCGCAGGUACUUCGGGGAGAAGGUGGCCCUCUACUUCGCCUGGCUCGGGUUCUACACAGGCUGGCUCCUGCCGGCAGCGACGGUGGGCGCUCUGGUGUUCCUGGUGGGCUGCUUCAUGGUGUUCUCAGACAUACCCACGAAGAAGUUGUCCAAUAGCGAGGACAACUUUGAGAUGUGCCCGCUCUGCCUGGACUGCCCCUUCUGGCCGCUCUCCAGCGCCUGCACCCUGGUCCAGGUUGGCCGGCUCUUGGACCCCGGAGGCACCGUCUUCUUCCGCAUGUUCAUGGCUCUGCAGGCCGUGCUGCUCCUGGAGUUCUGGAAGCAGGCCUACGGGUGGAGCUGCUCCAGCUACGAGGUCAUGGAGGAGAGGCCUCAGCCCCAGUUUGCCGCCUCGGCCCCCGUGACAGCCCUGAACCCCAUCACUGGUGAGGACGAGCCCUACUUCCCAGAGAGGGGCCGCUUGCGCCAAGUGCUGGCGGGCUCCAUGGUGGUCGUGAUGAUGGCGGCCGCGGUCGUCAUGUGCCUUGUGUCCAUCAUCCUGUACCGGGCCAUCAUGGCCACCCUCACGUCCAGGUCGGACAACACCCUCCUCGCAACCUGGGCCUCACGCAUCGCCAGCUUCACAGGGUCGCUGGUGAACCUGGUCUUCAUCCUCAUCCUCUCCAAGAUCCACGUGGCCCUGGCUCACAUCCUGACAAGAUGGGAAAUGCACCGCACCCAGACCAAGUUUGAGCAUGCCUUCACCCUCAAGGUGUUCAUCUUCCAGUUUGUCAACUUCUACUCCUCGCCCAUCUGUAUCGCCUUCUUCAAGGGCAGGUUUGUGGGAUACCCGGGCAACUAUCACACCUUGUUUGGGGUCCGCAACGAGGAGUGUGCAGUUGGAGACCACCUCGUUGAGCUGGCGCAGGAGCUCCUGCUCAUCAUGGUGGGCAAACACAUCAUCAACAAUGUGCAGGAGAUCCUCGUCCCGAAGCUACAGGGCUGGUGGCAGAAGUUUCGGCUGCGCUCCAAGAAGAGGAAGGCGGGACCUUCGGAGGAAGCUGGCCAGGGGCCCUGGGAGGCCAACUACGAGCUUCUGCCCUGUGAGGGCCUGUUCGAAGAGCACCUGGAAAUGGUGCUGCAGAUCGGCUUCGUCACCAUCUUCGUGGCCGCUCCGCGCAGCAACUGGGUGGAGGUCCGCCUGGACGCGCGCAAGUUCGUCUGCCCGCUCCGGCGCCCGGUGGCCGAGCGCGCGCAGGACGGCGGCAUCUGGGCCCACAUCCUGGCGGGCAUCGCGCACCGGGCGGUCGUCAGCAACGUGCGCCUUCACCGUGGCCUCUGA